AAAAUCUCCCUUACCCGGAUAACACGUUUGACCUUGUUCAUAUUAGGUUGACAUUAUUAUGGCUUCCCAUCGGCAAUUUGCUCGAGGAAAUUGCCAGAGAUCAAGAUAUUUCUACUUGCCCAGCCAAUGCCGGCCCUCUUAUGACUUCUUUGGUCAAUGCUUGGAAGGACAUCCAAGUCUCAAAAAAUAUCGACGUUGAUCUAUUGGUCAAUUUGGAUAAAACUUUAAUUGAAAAAGGAUUUGGUAAUGUUCAAAUUAACAAGCAUCCCGUACCAAUGGGAAAAUGGGCUGGAAUGGUCGGUGAGUUUUUCUUAUCGGCCUUCAAACUUUUCACUAUAAGUACCGCCUCGCUUACCCACGAGCACCUUAGUCUUCAAACUGAGGAAGAGUACACCGAUUUGGUUUCCAAGCUGGGAGCCGAAUGCGAAGAAUAUCAACCUAAUAUGAACAAGGUCAAACGUGUUAUCCGG